AUGCCGCCCAAAGAGCUGACGGGGUUCUACUACGACCUAGAGAAGAAUCGCUACAUCCCCAUCAGGGGCCCCAUCCCCGGCGCGCUUUGGCACCCCCGGGAGAGCACCGCGCUCGGAGACGACUCGCCCAAGCGGAGCGUCAUCGUGCUCUCGAAGUUCGUCAGUUGCUCCCCGUCCCUGAGCAGCGCGAUCCGCGUCAACCCGUGGAGCGUGGAGUCCGUGGAGGAGGCCAUGAACGCCGCGUUGCGGAUGCCGGAGGCCGAGCAGUGGCUAUGGGAUAAGCUGGAGCUUAAAGCCAUGAAAGACGGUUCUGCAAACUAUGCUACUUUGGAAAAGAAAGCAAAGUUGUAUGAAAAGUUAUCCAGAGGCGAGCUACCUGAUGAAGAAGACAAGGAGAAAUACUGUGUGGAUUUCUUCCAAAAAGGUUUCGAUCGUGUCUAUGAGCCUCAGAUACCAGAGUGUAGCCAUAGAGCCACUGAUGGUGCGGAACCAGUAAACGAUCAUGAAGAUUCUAUGCCUAAUGCCAAACCAUUGGACCUUGGCCGAGCAGGCACUACAAUCGACAGAGAUGAACACAAGCGCUUUGUGAGGGAAGUUCAUGAGGAAGUAACUGAGGCAAGGCAGAAGGCCUCAACGGUAAGAUCUCGACGACAAGAGCAGGAUGCUGCUCGUCGAGAGAAACUCAGCCAAGCUUACCUGAAGAAACGAUUGGAGAAGUUGAUUGCUGAAAAACAGAACAUGGAGGUGGCGGUUGAGAGGAGCUUGUGGAGCCUGUCAAGUGGCAGGGACCGAUGGAUAGGCUAG